UCCGAUUCCAAUAGAUUCCACAAAUACAGGCAAGAGAAGAUUCUUUGUUACCAUCACAGAGGCUUGUCCAGACAAGAAACCAAGCUUUCUUCUCUGUACAUCCGUAGUCUUUCAACACUUGUAUUACUCUUAAAGAACCAAAGAAAUGAUGAUUUGAAGAGCAAAUCCACGAGAGGUGUCCAUUAUUUUUUAUGGGUUCUUCUGGGUGUCCACCAUUUCAGUUCUCUGCAAAGUAUUAUCAUUAUCAAGUGUCUGAGAAUGGAGAUGGGUGCUUCAGGCAGCCCAGUUUCUUUCAAGGCAAAUCUGUACUGAAUCAAGGUGUUGGAUACUCUGUUAUUCUUGGGUUUGGAGUCUUUUUUGCUGUCUUCACUUCUUUCUUGGUAUGGUUAGAGAAACGAUAUGUUGGAUCUCGCCAUACAUCAGAAUGGUUCAAUACUGCAGGCAGGAAUGUCAAAACAGGACUAAUUGCUAGUGCCAUUGUAUCACAGUGGACUUGGGCUGCUACAAUUUUGCAAAGCUCCAAUGUUGCUUGGCAGUAUGGAGUCAGUGGACCUUUUUGGUAUGCUAGUGGGGCUACUAUUCAGGUACUCUUGUUUGGUGUAAUGGCUAUAGAGAUCAAAAGAAAAGCUCCCCAUGCUCAUACUAUCUGUGAAAUUGUAAAAGCUCGUUGGGGGACUGCUGCACAUGUUGUGUUCCUCACUUUUUGCUUAUUAACAAACAUCAUUGUAACGGCUAUGCUGCUUCUUGGUGGUUCGGCUGUAGUAAAUGCGCUUACUGGAGUGAACAUUUACGCUGCUAGCUUCCUAAUUCCACUUGGAGUAAUUGUCUAUACUCUAGCUGGAGGGCUAAAAGCAACUUUCUUGGCGAGCUAUAUACAUUCUGCAAUAGUGCAUGUGGUUCUAGUGAUUUUUGUCUACCUAGUUUACACAGCAAGCAGUGAACUGGGAAGUCCUAGUGUUGUAUAUAACCGUCUGGUGGAGGUGGGCAGUAAGCGGAGAGUGUGUCAAGAACCAAUUUCACAUGAUGGGCAAUCCUGUGGUCCUGUCAGUGGAAAUUACAAGGGUUCUUACUUAACAAUGUUGAGUUCAGGUGGGCUGGUUUUUGGGAUUAUAAACAUUGUCGGAAACUUCGGUACGGUUUUUGUUGACAAUGGAUAUUGGGUGAGUGCCAUAGCUGCCAGACCUUCAUCAACUCACAAGGGGUAUUUGUUGGGUGGCCUUGUGUGGUUUGCUGUACCAUUCUCUUUGGCAACAUCUCUGGGUCUGGGUGCACUUGCCCUUGAUCUGCCAAUAUCAGAAAGUGAGGCAAGUCAUGGACUUGUUCCUCCAGCUACUGCUAUAGCUUUGAUGGGAAAAGGAGGAUCGAUACUACUUCUUACAAUGCUUUUUAUGGCUGUGACAUCUGCUGGGUCCUCUGAGCUAAUUGCUGUUUCUUCAUUAUGCACAUAUGAUAUCUAUCGUACCUACAUAAAUCCAAAUGCGAGUGGUAAUAAAAUCCUCAAAGUAUCAAGGGCAGUUGUCCUAGGUUUCGGAUGUUUCAUGGGAUUGUUAGCGGUGAUACUGAAUAAGGCUGGAGUUUCAUUAGGUUGGAUGUAUCUUGCCAUGGGAGUGCUUGUUGGUUCUGCUGUUCUUCCUAUUGCCUUUAUGCUUCUUUGGAGCAAAGCAAAUUCAAUUGGUGGCAUUCUUGGGACAAUUAGUGGCUGUGUUCUUGGGAUUAUAACUUGGUUGCUAGUUACAUUCAUUGAAUAUGGCCAUGUAAAUCUCGACACAACUGGCCGUAAUGCACCAAUGCUGGCCGGAAACCUUGUCUCUAUACUGACAGGUGGAGCUGUUCAUGCUGUUUGUAGUCUUUUGUGGCCCCAAAACUAUAACUGGGAUACCACCAGGCAGAUCACAGUAGUUGAAAAGGAAAAGGAUGAGCUUCCAGAAGAUGAGUUCAAGGAGGAGAAACUUACCAAAGCAAAAGCCUGGAUAAUCAAAUGGGGUGUUGGUUUUACCAUUGUGAUUGUUAUAUUAUGGCCUCUUCUCAGUCUUCCUGCAGGGGAAUUCAGCUUGGGAUACUUUACAUUCUGGGCAGUAAUUGCCAUAGCAUGGGGAACCAUUGGAUCAGCAGUAAUAAUUGCUCUACCAGUGCUUGAAAGCUGGGAAACCAUCCAGUGUGUCUUUCUGGGAAUGUUUACAAAUGAAAAGCUUCUGCAAAAGAUGGAGGAGAUCAAUCUCAAAUUAAGUACAAUCAUUCUGGCUAUGCCUGAAGCUCAGAAAAUUUACUUGCUUGAAAAAGAGAAAUUGAAAAAACACGAAACUGCAGAGCACUUAGCUUAAUAUGAUCUUUGUUAUCUAAUGGUUCAGCUAUGAUCCAAGUUCAUUGAAGUACAAAAUUUUUACUGAAGUUGGAAAAUAAAGUUCAAGUGUUUUUCUUUUUUUC